CACCACUCUCCUUAUUCUUCAUCUCUAUUAUUUCUCUCUUCUCUCUCGGAACAAGAAAGAGAAAUUAUUUUGUUCUGUGAACCUUCUUCAUCUCUCUAUUACUCCUUAUUUACCAAAACUAAUCGACCUGCCUUAUCUCUUUAUUCUGCUGCUACAAUCUAAAUCUGUUUGAAACAAAAAAACUUCUUCCCAGGAAACCCAAAACCCCUUUUCUUCAUAAUCAGAAAACCCGUUAUCUCCGUCAAAAAAAAAAAAAAAACGUUCUUUUUUAUCAUCACAAUCAGAAAACCCUAACUCUCCAUCGAAGAUCAAAAGGUAUGAACCUAAUUUUUCCAGUUUCAUACUUGUCAGACUAUUAUUCCUUAGUAACAGAAAUCAUUUGUGAAGAGUAAUAGAAAUCAGUGGAGAUGUUUCGGUUGGAUGUUAUUCUUCAAUUAAGAAUUGUUGAUUUGGGUUUGAUGUUGAAGUUGUUUCUUACAAGGGCAUCAGCUCCGGCUCAUAGAAGAGUUAAGGAAAGUCAUCUUAGUUCUGAUGCCAUCUUCAGACAGAGUCAUGCUGGUUUGUUCAAUCUCUGUAUUGGUGUACUGGUCGCAGUCAAAAUAAGUCUUAUUACUGAAAAUUUAAUGAAGCUUUACAUCACUAAGAGACUGACCACUUUUCAUGUGUUGGUAUGCAUCUACUCUCUAUCUCAUGCUUACUUUGAAGUAACUACAUCUUUGGAACUUCCUGACAUGAAUAUUAUUGAACCAUGUUUAUCUGAAUUCAAUCUCAGCCUGCCUUUGUUUGCGGUUGCUUCUUAUAAGGUUGAAAAGAUAGCUCAAAAUAAGCUCGUUUCGGAACCAGUAAGUAAUAACAAGGUUAUUUCAUUUUGCAUUUUAUGCCCUUUAGCCAUCAGCAUAGUUAUCCAUGACUAUAUACAUUCACAAGAUGUGCUUUUAAGCUCCCUUGGGAAAUUUUAGUUCUUGUACUGGACUUGCCAGUUUGACAUGUAGGUGAAUACCCUUCCAUUUUUUCAGCAUACGUGACUUCGAUUUUUGGUCUUUACUUUAGUUGCUAAUGCCCACACCAUAUGUCACAGGGACCCAUUUUUGAAUGAGAUCGGAAAACUGGGUAACUGUUCGGAAUCUUAGGAUCUCUCCUGAACUAAUCACUUAAUAUAAUGCAAAUAUUAGCUUUCAAGAUUCGAACAAAGGAAAAAAAAGAGGAAUGAAUGGUUAUUGCUAAUUUAGAAGCUUGCUCAGUUACUCUCAUAUCCUGCAGUUUGUAAUUUCUCUUAAUGUAGUUAUUACCAUAGAUUCAAUAUGUACCCAGUUUGUAUGAUUCUCAAUUGAGUGAACUUAAUGCAUUUCGACUUAAUCCUUACAUUUUCCGGAUACAUUUUUUUGUUAUAUUAAUGUGAUGGUUUUACUGUUGUAUGUUAGAGACCCCGGUUUGAGUUAUUCAGCUUUUGUGCAGGAUUGAUUCAACUGCUGUAUCCGGUGUAACACUAAUGAUUUUUGCUAGUGUUGUGUGGUUUAAGUUGGUGUCAUAUGCACAUACAAAUUACGAUAUGAGGGCGCUUUCCAAGUCCAGCGACUAGGUGGCCCCUUACAGUAUUUUCUAUUCGCUGAUGGAAGAGCACCUGAGCCAAGUUGGUGUCAAUACAACUAACAACAAAUGGAACGAAACGCUUGUUUUGGGUGUGGUGGAUCCAAACGAUUCAUUAUCUCAUCCGGCAGGGGUCUUUGAUGUUCAAGUUAAUUCUGCUACGUGCUUAGCUUCUGAUCAUUUUGCCAACUUCUUGGUGAAAACUUGGGAAAAGCAUCUGAAUGCCUUUUGCACUGAAAGAUGGAACUUGAAUUAAUCUACAAAGUCUAAUCCAAUGUUAUGAGGACACCUAGCUGAUGAAGUUAUUCCCUCAAAUUGUUCGAAACAUCUGUGACCAGGACGUGCUUGCAGAAGAUAAGAUUCUUCAAUGAUUCCGCUAAGGAUUAAACCUCAAGGGAAGUGUUGCAGAGGGAAAAGACCUUGUGUUGUCGGUUACAUCUGUCAUGGGAAAGGAGCAGAUCUGUACUGUUAAGGACAUUUCUAUCCAAAUAGAAAAUGACCUUUAGACUUUAUUACUACAGUAUCUGUUUGUUACUUCAUAUGGGAGAAGAGGUGAGCUUAAAUUAAUGAGCAGUUGGGAUAUCACUUGCUAGAAAACUCAUAAGCUUGGAUUUAACUGUUUGUAUCUGGCUAUGCAUGUAAAUGAUGAUUGACGAUUUUGGUUUUUGUACUUCAAGGCUUGUGGUUUAUAAUGAUGAUUGCCAUAAUUUUUCUUCUGGCAUAUUACCAUGAAUGACAAACCCCUUCCUUUCGCUUAUUAGAAAGCUAACCCCCUCCUUCUGAAGUUGGUUUAAUAUCCAAUAUAGUGAGAGAGAUACAAGCUUCAAACAGGUCACAUACAGAAUGUAGAUAGUCUUUGCUGUAGUAAAAUUUUUAGAUUCAAACAGAUUCGAAUGACCUUCAGAUUAUAUUGUUUCAGUGUUGCAGAGGGAAAAGACCUUGUGUUGUCGGUUACAUCUGUCAUGGGAAAGGAGCAGAUCUGUACUGUUAAGGACAUUUCUAUCCAAAUAGAAAAUGACCUUUAGACUUUAUUACUACAGUAUCUGUUUGUUACUUCAUAUGGGAGAAGAGGUGAGCUUAAAUUAAUGAGUGGCCACUUUUACUCCUAUCUUUCUGUUUUAGGCAGACAAGAGCAUAUCAUUAUUAGCUUUUCGUGGGAUGUUUACUUUACUUUUAUUUUAAUUUUGGUGGGUUUUGUUUGCUU